AUGUUUGCUGGAACAACAACCAUUACGACAACGAACGACAAGUUUGCCAUUCUUUACAAGAACAUCACUCACCAGGAUACAAAGAUUUUGACUUGUGCUGCCGCGCCAUCAAGUAGAGAACAAAAUAGUAUUGAUUUAACGAUUAACGAAAUGAUGAAUUUACAACAACCAUUUGUCUUUUGUGGCCCCAAGGACCACAGAAACGACAACCAAGAGAGCUCCAUUAAUCCAUAUUGCUCCUCUGUGCCAUCAGAAGCAGACAAAGGAAAGGAGACGUCUUAA